AUGCACUUCUCAGCGGCAUCGUUGUUACUGGCCAUUGCGCCGGCCUGCUUUGCGUCUAAGCUUCCGGUGGUUGACCUUGGAUACGAGCUGCACCAAGCUCUUUCCUUUAGCGAGUCUUAUGGCACUUACAACUUCAGCAACAUCCGCUAUGCCGCUCCCCCCGUCGGUGACCUUCGAUUCCGCGCACCAGUCUCCCCAGCAAAGAACCGCAGCGAAGUGCAAACCGGCGCGCAAGGUCGUGUCUGCCCCCAGGCGCAGCCUGUUUGGAGUGAGGACAUUGCUCCAGCCUUCCUUGUCAGCGCUUUGACGGGAACGCAGUUCAACCAGUCCACCAAUAUCUCAUCCUACCCCUACGUGCCGCAGCAACAAGACCCUCGGACUACGGAGGACUGUCUGUUCUUGGAUGUGAUCGCCCCGAAGAAGAUCUUUGAUCGCGCGCAGAACAAGACGUCGGUUCCUAAGAAGUCCUUGGCUCCCGUGUUGGUUUGGAUUUAUGGUGGUGGAUAUACGGUUGGAGAGAAGACUUCGUACGAUCCUAGAGGUCUGAUUCAGCGGAGUCAGAAGAACGGAGAGGGUAUUAUCUAUGUCGCUUUGAACUACCGACUUGGUGCCUUUGGUUGGUUAGCUGGUGAUACCCUCACCGCUAAUGGCACGGCGAAUGGUGCACUUCACGACCAAAGACUAGCCCUGGAAUGGGUGAAGGAGAGCAUUCACCUCUUUGGAGGUGAUUCGGACCGCGUCACUGUGAUUGGGGAGUCUGCAGGAGGAGGAUCCAUCCUCCACCAGAUUACUUCUUACGGAGGCAAGGGUGGACAACUGCCGUUCCAGCAGGCUAUUCUCCAAAGCCCUGGGUGGUAUCCCCUCCCUACCGACGAGCAGCAGGAGGCCUCCCUUCAACAGUUCCUGGGUCUCCUCAAUGUUAGCACGGUGGAGGAGGCUCGUAAGCUUCCUACUGCGAAGCUGGUUGCCGCCAACGCGAAACAAAUAUACAGAUCUCCAUACGGAACUUAUACCUACGGACCAGCUGUUGAUGGUACCUUUGUGCCCAAGAUGCCUGGAGAACUGCUGCUCGAAGGCAAUUUCCACAAGAACCUGAGCCUUAUGGUCGGCCACAAUUCCAACGAGGGCCUGCUCUUCACACCACCUACCAGCGUCAACAGCAACAGCUAUGCAGGCCUCCUCGAGGCUGACUUGCCCGAAAUCCAGCAGAACGUCUCCAACUACAUCUCCAACGUUCUGUAUCCACCUGUCUACAACGGCACAUACGGAUACACGAACCCUGUCUUGCGAUUCGCAACGACCCUCGCAGACAUCGUCUUCCAGUGCAACACCGACUAUCUCAACCGCGCUUUCCUCAACCAGACGUACGCAUACCUGUUCAGUGUGCCCCCUGGAUUGCAUGGCUCGGACCUGGAGUAUACUUUCUACAACCCUGCAGCCAACUCGACCGUUACGAGCAAGAAUGUGGCGCUUGCAUUGCAGGAUUACAUCACUAGUUUUGCGGAGACGGGUGCGCCCAAGUCGAGCGUUGGUCCUGCGUUUGAGAAACAUGGCAAGAAGCAGCAGAUUCUGAACUUGGGUGUUUCGAACAUUACAACUGCCCAUGAUCCGACUGCGAACUCACGUUGUCUGUUCUGGCAGGAUGCGCCGUAUUAUGAGCACUCUUGA